AUGGCGAUGCGAAGACGGCGGGCCGAACCUCCCGCUGAUGCGAGACACGUGGCGGUGUGCGGCGAGCAGCAGUUCACGGACCAGCGGCGCGUGACCAUGACCGUGCGCGAGUUCGUCGCGCAGUGGGAGCGCGCCAACGCGCGGGCGGCGGAGAAGGGGGCGGAGGGCGCGGGGGAAAGAGCGGGCGAGAGCGCGGGGGACAGGGCGCAUGCGGGGAGCACGCGCAAUGGUGCUGGCGAGGGCGAGGGCGAGGGCGAGGGUGGGGAUGGAGAGGAAGGGGUGUAUUAUCUCAAGGACUGGCACUUCACACAUGUGCGUGUCGUGAUGGGCGUGUGUGGGCAUGUACUGAUUUCCUCCUACGUGAAGCGAGGUUGA